AAGGAAGAAAAACGAAUUUGAUGCUGUUUUAGGUUCAAGUUUGCGUCAGUUUGCUAUGCUCUAAUUUACCGCAGUAGAUUAGACCGCAGCCAACGCGUAUUUUUUCUUUUUUAUUGUCACAUCAUGAAUGAUGCGUCCACUUCUUUUACCUGAGCUAUAAGAGUAAUUGCAUGAUAACCCACUCUUAACGUGCUUUCAAUGGCCAUAGCUACAGAGUAAGUUUGUCAGCCUGAAGUUUGAAUCGUCCAAUCAAAACGCUCCAUUAGCUCACUGUAAACUGGGUGGCGGUGCCGUGACUUGAAAAUUUUUUUCAAUACUAAUGGAAGAAAAAAAAAUCUCUCUCGCUCUCUUUCUUUAUACUCUAUAGAUACUAGCAUGUCUCGUUUCUUCCGUAGUUCAGACACUGAAUCUGAUUCCGACACUUCCUCUGACAACGAAUCUUUGUACAGUCAAUCCGACUCUGACUACGAUUCCGAUAACGAGAGUCAUCAUUCUGAACAACAGGAAGAACAACCCAAGAACCGUUUCUUGAAGGGUGGAAGCGACUCUGAUGAUUCAGAUGACGAAGGAGACAAGAAGCGUCAAGCCAAGUCUCAAAAAGACAAGCGUAUUGAAGAGAUGGAAACUGCUGUGAAAGCUAUUGAAAACGGUCAAAAGAACAAUGAUUGGAAUCUUAUUUCAACUGAAUUCGAUAAGCUUACUGUCACUAUUUCCAGAGCAACUACUGGAUUCAAUGCUAUUCCUUUACCCAAGUUCUAUAUCAAGACAAUGGUCGAACUUGAAGACCGUUUGACCGAAAAUCUUCAAAAAGAUAAGGCUAGCAAAAAGAAAAACACUGGCAACAGCAAGGCUAUGAACAACUUGAAGCAAAAGCUCAAGAAGCUCUCUAAGCAAUACGAUGAGCACAUUACUGCUUACAGAAAGGACCCUGAGGAGUUCAUGAAGGAAGAGGAAGUGAAAGAAGAACCUAUUGCACCUGUUCAAAAGAAAGAACCUAUUUCUAGAGCUGUUGCUGUUGAUGAUAACGAGGGUUUCUCUUCUGUCACUAAGGGCGGCAAGGUUGUUGUUGCUGUCAGUUAUGAGAAUGUCUUGCUUCGUUUAAGAGAAGUCUUGGAAAGCCGUGGUAAAAAGAACACGGAUCGUACUGAACAAAUUGCUAUUUUGGAAAGCUUGUUAGAAGGUGCCAAGUCUCCUUUCCAAAAGAUCUCUGUCUUGUUGGCCCUUAUUGCUUACCGUUUCGACAUUACAGCCAACAAAGCACCUUUCAUGGAUCUUGGUGUUUGGAAGGAUUCUGCUAGAGAAUUUAACCUUUUGCUUGAAACCCUCGAGAACAACAAGACCUUUGUCGUGACUGAAGAUGCUGAAGAACUCGACAACGAAGACAGAGAUGUUGUUCCCAAGGAAGGCGAAGUUGUCAAGCUUCGUGGUUCUAUCCUCAGCUUUGUUGAACGUCUUGACGAUGAGUUCAACAAAUCCCUUCAAAACAUUGAUCCUCAUGCUACUGAAUACAUUGACCGUCUUAGUGAUGAACCUAUUGUUUAUGCCAUGUUGGACCGUGCUCAAUUCUACUGUGAAUCUAACAGCAUUCACUUUGCUCUUCCCAGAAUUGUUUCUCGCAAGUUGGAUCAUGUCUACUAUAAGCCUGAACAAGUCAUUGGUUCUCUCCAAACUGCUUCCAAGAAACUUUUGCCUGCCUAUGUUCAAUCUAGCAUCACCACUUCUACUGAACCCACUGAAUUAGUCAACCAACUCUGUAACUAUCUUUACAAGGAUGACUCUACAGUGUUCCGUACUCGCGCUAUGCUCUGUCACAUCUACCACCAUGCUCUUCACAAAAAGUACUACACUGCCCGUGAUUUGCUAUUGAUGUCUCAUGUUCAAGACUCUAUUCAUCAAGCAGACAUUGCUACACAAAUCUUGUAUAACCGUGCUAUGGUCCAAAUUGGUAUCUGUGCUUUCCGUGAAGGUUUGGUCAAGGAAUCACACGCUGCUCUUUCUGAAAUCCAAGGCUCUGGCCGUGUCAAGGAACUUUUGGCUCAAGGUGUUCAAGCUCAACGCUUUGCUCAAGCACCUGCUCCUGAGAUUGAUGCUGCUGAACGCCAACGUCAAUUGCCUUUCCAUAUGCACAUCAACUUGGAACUCUUAGAAUGUAUCUUCUUAACCUGUUCCAUGCUUUUGGAAAUUCCUGCUCAAGCACAGGCUGGACCUAACAACAAGAAAUUCAUCUCUAAACCCUUCCGUCGUUUGCUUGACUACAAUGAACGUCAAGCCUUUUGUGGACCUCCCGAAAACACCAGAGAUCAUAUCAUGAGUGCUGCCAAGGCUUUGGCUUCUGGUGAAUGGGAAAAGGCCAAGGACUUUAUCUUGGCUAUCAAGAUUUGGGAUUUGAUGACUGAAACUCAAGAAAUUAAGGACAUGCUUAUCCGCAAGAUCCAAGAAGAAGGUCUUCGUACUUACUUGUUCACCUAUGCUUCUUACUACACCACUUUGGGUUUGGCACAAUUGUCCAGCAUGUUUGGUUUAUCUGUCAACAGUGUCUCUGCUAUUGUCGCUAAGAUGAUCUUUAAUGAAGAAUUAUCAGCAUCGCUAGAUCAGGUCACUCAAUGUAUUGUGCUUCAUCAAGUUGAACUUUCCAGACUUCAAGUUUUGUCCUUGCAAUACUCUGAAAAAGUUGCUAACCUUGUCGAUCAAAAUGAACGUUUAGCAUCCAACGGCAGAGAUAAUAACGCUACCAGUAGUAAUAAUAACACCAACCAAUACAGCCACAGAAACCAUUAAUUAGAUCUUUUUCUCUUUUCUUCUCUCUUUCUUGAAAAAAAAAAACAAGCAAACAAAAAAUAUACACAAGAAAAAGCUUUUCUUUGUAAUUAGUUGAGUAAAAAAAACAGUAAAAAAAAAACACGCACAUUUUGUCUUUUUCUUUCUUUUUAGUUGAGAGUUUGAAGUGUAUUGAUAUUCCAAAGAAUACCAUUCAAGCAGUAUAUUGUUUACACAAAUAAAUCGUUUAUAAAUGACAAGCUUCUUUGUGUGAUAAAAUUCAAUCUGACUUGCAAUUGAACAGAGCUAUA